GUCAAUCGUUCGUGCUACAUAUGCAGCCAUUUUGUCAUCAAAAGAAACAAGACAUUGAAUUCAUAUGUAAGCACGUAGUAUCUGGCAGAGUUUUUCAUUCGUUUCCUAGAAAACAUACGUGCAUAACAAAUCAUAAGUAACUAGGUAUAGGAAGUAGUUAUAUAGGCUUAAACAAGCGGAAUCUCUUUUCUGAGAUUACUUAUUUACGCGCAUCUUUAAAAAACCAAGUCUCAUCGUUAGGUUUUUUUUCUUGGUGAUUCAAACUCAAGCAUCUUUACUGACAAUAGACGUCUUCUUUUCCCUUCCUCCUCUCUCUCUACCCUUUCCUUUUCUACUGCAACAAAAGAAAGUCUGUUCACACACACACUCUCUCUCUAUGCCUCAACAACAAGCACCUGGUUCACCACUAUCACCACUAUCUCCUCCUUCCCCUUUCCAGCCUUUAUCUUCUACACCCAUAACAGAUCAAAAAACCAUAUACGAUGUUAUUUAUUCAACCAAAAACCCUUCAGACUUCUAUGGACCUCAUCAACUCAUCAACUCUGGUGCUUGUCCUCAUCUCGCUAAGCUAAAACAAAAGCUAAGAGAAGAAGGCAGUGCUUGCCCACAAGAUAAUAUCCUGGAAAAUUAUCGGGCUUUAGUCCGGUAUUCUAUUUUAUGGCAUAAAAGCAGAAAAUCAGCACAUUCAGACAACAAGAGAAAAAGACAGGUUAAAGAGCUCCCAUUGCCUCAAUGUACUACUUGUUCUGAUCCAUUAUCAAGACUACAUGCAUGUCUUCAUUGUGUCUAUUUAGGUUGUUGGCGGAAGGGACACAUGAAGGAACAUCAAGCAGAAAAGAAACAUAUCUUUGCUAUGGAUUUUGAUCGACAUACUAUUUUUUGUAGUGAAUGUGAUGAUUAUGUUUAUGAUAUAGAAAUUGAUGAAAAGAUUGCUCGACAUGAAUUGAUUACAAAAUCAAGAAACAAAAAGCAACGCAUUCAAUACACAUCUUGGGAACCAACAAACCAAGAAAUACCUACUCUUGUCCGUAAUUCAGCCAUUAUUUCUUGUCAAGGUAUUCGUGGGCUUUGCAAUAUGGGCAACACAUGCUUUAUGAAUGUCAUUCUUCAAAGCUUUGUUCAUAAUCCCCUAUUAAAAGCUUAUUUUCUAAGCGAUCGACAUAACCCUAAACACUGCCAAAAAAGAUACUGCAUGUGCUGUGAAAUGGAUGAUUUGUUUGCUCAGUUUUAUUCGGAUGACAAGAAACCUUAUGGUCCUUGUCGAUUCUUACAGUCCAUGUGGAUGAGUCUGAAGGAAUUAGCGGGCUAUGCUCAACAAGAUGCUCAUGAGUUCUUUAUCAGUGCUUUAAACAAUAUUCAUGCAGGAUGCGAAGAACAAAAACUAGCUAACUGUGAAUGUAUUAUCCACAAGACAUUUGCUGGUUUGCUGCAGUCAAAUGUAACAUGUCUUCGUUGUCGCAAUGUUACUACGACGUGCGAUCCUAUGUUGGAUAUCAGUUUAGGUUUGAGGCCUGUAGAAAAAAAGAAACAGAAAGCUCUGAAUGUUCAAAAUGAAGUGGCUAAUGGUCAUAGUAGUAAGCUUCUAGGAGGCCAUUCGAAUCCAAUAGACAAAAAUGGUAGAAGAUUUAGUAAUGAUGAUCCAGUCAGAACAAGCAAAUAUGGAAAUACGCUACUGGAUUGUUUAGACAGAACAAGAUAUACACAGCCUGAAAAAUUAGGACCCAAUGAGUAUAGUUGUAGCAAAUGCGGUAAUACGUUUCAGGAAGCAACAAAACAGUUAUCCAUUAAACGCAUACCGCCUGUACUAAGUAUCCAGUUCAAGCGUUUUGAGCAUGGUACAUCUACGAGUAAAAUUGAAACCAAGAUCAGAUUCCCUGUCGAACUUGAUUUGACACCUUAUACAAGUAGUAAAAACAAAGACAGUGACAAUGUGUAUACUUUGUUCUCUGUUGUCAACCAUCAAGGCAAGGUAGAUACAGGCCACUAUACCAUGUUUGCAAAACAUAGAAAUGAGUGGUUUAGAUUCGAUGAUCACAAUGUUACUGUGGCAUAUCAAAAAGAAGUCCUUGAUAGCAAAGCGUACAUGUGCUUUUAUGUUAAGAAAUCUUUGGAAUAUGAAUCAGAUCCUUUCCAAUUCAUCUAAUAAAAGAAGCAUUGAAUAGUGAAUAUGUAUAAAAU